CGAGUCAACUCAACACGCCCUCUCUCACUCACCUAUACAUACACAAGUCUGUAACAAAAAUCGCCCCUCUUUCUUUCAUCCUUCAUACUCCAAAACCGCUUUCUUCCAUCCCAUAGAACCCUAAUUAACCACCAUCCUCACAUCUCCUCCUUCACAAACCCUAAUUCUCCAUCAAUUCUCAUCAGAAACAAUGGAUUCACAACCGAACAACCUCUACGACACCGCAUCGCAACCGGACACCGGCCACGACGACGCCUACACAUUCCUCGAAUUCAACACACAAGGCGACGAAGACUUUGAUUAUCCAGAGUUUCAAGAGCUUUCUCAACCUAACGCCGUUAGAUCUUCUCCGUCUUCCUCCGUCUGGCCUACGCCGUUAGACUCCGUCUCCGUUGACGCCGUCGAUCAUCAUUCCGACACCAACGCCUCACCUGUAAGUUCCGGCAAAGGCGCCGGUGGUGCUAGGUUAAACAACAACAACAGCAAUAACAAUAAUAAUAAUAAUCAUAAUAAUAUUAAUAAUAGCAGUAGUAGUAAUAAUAAUAAUCAGGCAUCGGCUGUUGAUGCCCUAGCUGCGGGUAUGAGCGGGUUGAAUUUCGAAGAAACAGGGGAUGAUGAAGGUUAUGAGUAUUCAAAGGGGGAUUUUAUGGAGCAUGCCUGUAGGUAUUGUGGUGUGCAGAAUCCGGCUUGUGUUGUUCGGUGUAACGUGCCGUCGUGUCGGAAAUGGUUUUGUAAUUCGAGAGGGAAUACGUCCGGUUCGCACAUUGUUAAUCAUUUGGUUCGGGCGAAGCAUAAGGAAGUAUGUCUGCAUAAGGAUAGUCCGUUGGGAGAGACGAUUCUCGAGUGUUAUAAUUGUGGAUGUCGAAAUGUGUUUAUUUUGGGGUUUAUAUCUGCGAAGACGGAGAGUGUGGUUGUGCUGCUUUGUAGGGAGCCUUGUCUUAAUUUGAAUUCGUUGAAAGAUAUGAAUUGGGAUUUGAGUCAGUGGUGUCCGCUUAUUGAUGAUAGAUGCUUUCUGCAGUGGCUUGUUAAGGUUCCAUCUGAAACAGAGCAGCUGCGGGCUCGCCAGAUUAGUGCUCAGCAAAUUAAUAAGGUAGAAGAACUUUGGAAGACGAACCCGGAUGCAACUUUGGAAGAUCUUGAGAAGCCUGGUGUGGAUGAUGAACCUCAGCCUGUAGCCAUAAAGUAUGAAGAUGCUUAUCAGUAUCAAAAUGUUUUCGCCCCACUUAUCAAGCUUGAAGCCGACUAUGAUAAAAUGAUGAAAGAAUCUCAAAGUAAAGACAAUCUCACGAUUCGGUGGGAUAUUGGUCUUAACAAGAAGCGCGUUGCAUAUUUUGUUUUCCCAAAGGAAGACAAUGAGUUACGUCUUGUACCUGGUGAUGAGUUAAGACUUAGAUACUCGGGGGACCCAGCACAUCCAGCGUGGCAGUCUGUUGGACAUGUGAUAAAGCUAACUGCACAAGAGGAAGUAGCACUCGAGCUUCGUGCAAGUCAGGGUGUUCCUGUUGACCUGAAUCAUGGUUUUAGCGUUGACUUUGUAUGGAAAAGCACAAGUUUUGACCGGAUGCAGGGGGCUAUGAAGAACUUUGCUGUUGAUGAGACAAGUGUCAGUGGAUAUAUAUACCAUCAUCUGUUAGGCCAUGAGGUUGAGAUGCAAAUGGUUCGUAAUGCAUUACCACGUCGUUUUGGUGCACCUGGUCUUCCCGAGCUUAAUGCAUCUCAAGUUUUUGCUGUAAAAAGUGUUCUUCAGAGGCCAAUAAGUUUGAUUCAAGGGCCACCUGGCACUGGUAAAACAGUUACUUCUGCUGCACUUGUUUACCAUAUGGCCAAACAAGGCCAAGGACAGGUUUUGGUAUGUGCUCCGAGCAAUGUGGCUGUAGACCAACUUGCAGAGAAGAUAAGUGCUACUGGCUUAAAGGUUGUAAGGCUGUGUGCAAAAUCAAGGGAAGCUGUAAGUUCACCUGUCGAGCAUUUGACACUUCAUUAUCAGGUUCGGCAUCUUGAUACAUCUGAAAAGAGUGAGCUUCACAAGCUGCAGCAACUGAAAGAUGAACAAGGGGAGUUAUCAAGCAGUGAUGAGAAGAAAUAUAAAGCAUUAAAACGGGCUACAGAACGGGAGAUUUCUCAGAGUGCUGAUGUCAUCUGUUGCACAUGUGUUGGUGCUGGAGAUCCUCGGCUGGCAAAUUUUAGAUUUCGUCAGGUGCUUAUCGAUGAAUCUACUCAAUCAACUGAGCCUGAGUGCCUUAUCCCACUUGUUCUUGGGGCAAAACAGGUUGUUCUUGUUGGUGAUCAUUGUCAGCUUGGUCCAGUCAUCAUGUGCAAGAAAGCAGCACGAGCUGGUUUAGCUCAGUCUUUAUUUGAGCGGCUUGUGCUUCUUGGUGUAAAACCAAUUAGAUUACAGGUUCAGUACCGUAUGCAUCCGUCACUUUCGGAAUUCCCUUCUAACAAUUUUUAUGAAGGCACCCUUCAAAACGGAGUGACCAUAAACGAAAGGCAGUCAACGGGCAUUGACUUUCCUUGGCCCGUUCCAAACCGGCCCAUGUUCUUUUAUGUUCAGAUGGGGCAAGAAGAAAUCAGUGCUAGUGGGACGUCGUAUCUUAAUAGGACUGAGGCUGCAAAUGUUGAAAAAAUAGUGACCACUUUCCUAAGAAGUGGUGUAGUUCCAAGUCAGAUUGGGGUUAUAACACCAUAUGAAGGUCAACGUGCAUACAUUGUUAACUACAUGUCAAGAAAUGGUGCGCUUAGACAACAACUUUACAAGGACAUUGAGGUUGCGAGUGUGGAUUCGUUUCAAGGGAGGGAAAAAGAUUACAUUAUUUUGUCAUGUGUGAGAAGUAAUGAACAUCAGGGUAUUGGAUUUUUAAAUGAUCCACGCAGGCUGAAUGUCGCACUUACUCGUGCUCGUUAUGGUAUUGUAAUUCUUGGUAACCCUAAAGUUCUUAGCAAACAACCAUUGUGGAAUGGGUUACUCACACACUAUAAGGAGCAUGAGUGUUUGGUUGAAGGACCUUUGAACAACCUGAAGCAGAGUAUGGUUCAGUUUCAGAAGCCAAAAAAGAUGUACAAUGACCGAAGGUUUUUCUUUGGUGGCGGGCCCGGUAUCGUACCUAACGACAACUUUGGAUCAACAAAUCCCGGUGCCGAUAGAAGAAACAGUCGUUCUAGGGGUUCGUACAUGCCACCUGGCCCACCUAAUGGGGCUCACAAACCCGGUCUGCAUCCUGCUGGGUACCCAAUGCCACGUGUGCCUAUUCCAUCUUAUCAUGGUGGUCCUCAGCCUUACGCCAUACCAACUCGCGGUGCAAUACACGGACCCUUUGGCGGUGUUCCGCAUGUCCCACCACCCGGAAACCGCGGUUUUGGUAGUGGCAGGGGGAAUGCUGGUCAUAUUCCACACCAACAAGGUUCACAGCAACCGAUAGGUGCAGGCAUGGGCUCGAGUUUUAACUUCCCUAUGGAAAAUCCAAAUAGCCAGCCGUCCCCUGGCGGUCCGUUAUCUCAGCCUGGAUAUGUAUCUAAUAUGACUCAAGGCCCUAGUCAAGCCUUUCGUGAUGGGUUUUCUGUUGGCGGCAUGUCACAGGAUUUCUUGGGUGAUGAUUUUAAAAGCCAAGGAUCACAUGUUCCAUAUAACGUUGCUGAUCUUUCCACACAGGCUUCUCAAGGUGGAUAUGGUGUGGACUAUGCUGCUCCGGCAACCCAAGCGGGUUUUCCGGGUAGCUUCCUGAAUCAGAAUUCUCAAGCGGGAUUUUCUCGUUACGGUAUCGGAAAUGAUUUCAUGUCUCAGGACUACAUGGGUCAUGGUUCACAGGGUUUGUUUACGCAAGCUGGUUUUAAAGAUCCAUCACAAGAUGAUUCUUCACAGCCCCACUUCAGUGCGGACCCCACCUCUUCCCUUCAGACACAGGGUGUGAUGAAUCCUCUAUACUCCCAGCCAUUUACGCAUUACAACUCCCAACCGUUAAACAUGCCAACUCAGCAACAGCAGCAGCAACAGCAAACACAACAGGGACACGCUUCCCACUACAAGGGUUAAGAGGUGAUUUCGAUCUUGUGAAGGGUUAUACAAUCAGCAACUUGAUUUUCAUCACUAUAUCUAUCUACUUCCCUUAAGAUGACAGAAAAGAUCAAAAUAAUGGACAUGGGAUCAGAUUGAACAUAUGGUGAAUCAAGGGCUGAGAUUGUCUCAUAACCCCAUCAGAGAUUUUGUAAGGAGGCACAAUACAUGGAUUUAGUUUUGUUGGUGAUUGGUUGGGAGAAGAUACAUUGAACGAGUGAUGUGCAGGGAUGCUUGCUUUCGGGCUAUAUAUAUAACCGUUAGUAGGGGGUGUUAGCGUGUGAUUCUAGUUAAUGAAUGGAAUUUUAAAUAAAUAAUAUGAUGUUUGUGUAGAGGUUAAGAAGUGUGGAUUUGAAAUUGGAUUUGGUUUAUAUAUUUAUCAACUGUGUGAUUUUAGGACUUGAUACCAUCAUUUGGGACCGGGACCGAUAGAUCCAUGUUUUACAA